AACGCAUUCAACCUCACCAAAUACUCCCGCAAAAAUGACGUCAUCAAAGCGAUCAGUCAAUUGAAACACGGGGAAGGAAUUUACACGGAUACAAGCGUGGGCAUCAAACACAUGGACGAGGUCCAGAUGUCAAACAACGCGGUCAGAACUGGAAUGGUCAAGGUCGGACUGAUCAUUACAGACGGCAAAUCACAAGAGUAAGUGCCAGCAACAUGUGUCCAAACCCGUCAAUAUCAAAGACUAUAAUAGUUUAAAAAUGCAGGAAUUCUCAUCGAAAUAAAAUAUUCUAAUUUUAUACAAAUCCUCAGCAAUUCUCCUAUUAGGCUACAAACAUUCACAUCUGCCCUACUCUUUUAACUAAACUCACUCCAUACUAUAUCCAGUUUCGGUAAAACUAAAAUGGUCGCCGACGCUGCCAUGGACCACAAGAUAUUGAUGUUUGCAGUGGGCGUGGGAAAUUCAGUUAACGACAGAGACCUGCUGAACAUAGCAGGUCUACCCGGCCGUGUUUUCAAGGUGAAAAGCUACAAUGAUCUCACUCUUAUCACAAAGUCCUUGGCUUGUAUGAGUAAGUAA